GUGGCAGGAUUUCAGUAGAAACCUCCAUUCUGUCAGACAUGCGCAAGAGCAGCAGCUCAUCCACCGCUGCGCUGCGUUUCCGCCUUGGCUGAGCAAACGCGCCGCACACAGUCCGAGAGGGGCGGGGAGUGGAGCCGAGACGCAGUGGUGGUGGAGAGGGGGAACGGAGCGAGCACGGACUCGAGCAAAUUAUUCCGUACGCCAGCCUCCACGUUUAUUCCCCCCUUGGAGAGGCGACCUGUGAGGUGCGCGCCGGAGCCUUCCCAGCAUGGACACUGCGCUAAAGGAGAGGCUCUAAGAUGUGACGCUCACAAGGGAGAUCAGGGGAGACAGAGAGCGCGCGUGCGCGUCUGUGUGUGUGUGCGUGCUCGUGAGAAAGAAAGUGGGCUGCACUCAUCUUUCUUUUUUGCGGGUGAUUUCAAAUCUGAGCAACGCGGCGUGAAAAUGAAGAAGUUCAACAUCAGGAAGGUGCUGGACGGUUUGAAAGAGGCGUCCUCCUCCUCUUCCUCCUCCACGCCGUCUGUCCAAGUAGGGCCCCAGGAGAACAACCUGAUCCAGGAGACGCUCCAGUCUGAGCAUUUCCAGCUCUGCAAGACUGUCCGUCAUGGCUUCCCCUAUCAGCCGUCCUCAAUGGCUUUUGACCCCGUGCAGAAGAUCCUGGCCAUUGGUACCCAGAAUGGAGCUCUCAGAUUGUAUCCUUUCAUUUUCCUUUGAGCUGUUGCAGAAAGCUGUGCCCUGA